GGAGAGCAGGAUUCCCUGACUGGGCGCCAUGUUAGAAAGGUGUGAUACACAUAAAGUCACAGUUUUUGUGCUUCUUUCUGCUGUGUGUUGAACAGCUUUUUUAAGGUGUUAAUUUGCUGUUUUGUCCAGAAUAGUGAUUUACACAAUUAAGAUUGUAAGUCGAAUUAGCAGAAGUAUAUCGUCGAACCUAAAGGUUUCGAAUUGAACUUUCCAUGAUGACUCGUCACCAACAGCAAGCUAGUAAUAAAAAGCUGAUACGGACGUUGGAACUAGCUACUGUGUCUCUUGUUUUUUAUGCAAAAUUGCUUUUCGUUUUAACUGAGGCGGCAGGUCAGGCUGGUAUCUUGCCGUUACAUACAUCCAACUUCUCAUCAGUGUGUCCUGUGGAGUUCCAAGGAAGAUGUCGAUGUGGUAGGGUACCUUAUGGGCCCCAUGGGAUCUUGACUUACGUUACAAACUGCACGAACACGAAUUUUGAUGACACACACAUGUUACUGAAACUACCCGUUGAAACUGAAGUCCUCAUUUUCACUGGUAACUAUAUUCCUGACCUACCUCUUAACAUACUUGGCAAGGUCAAGAAGUAUGGACAACUUCAUACCAUUGACAUGUCCAACAAUCACAUUCAGAGUAUCAAGGGAAAGACUUUUCAUCAUGUGGAAUUUGUGAAGAAGUUAGUGCUGAACGACAACGACCUGUAUAUUGUUAGUAAGGACGUCCAUUCUCGUAUGUUUAGCAACUUCUACCAACUUGAGGAACUGCAUCUGAAGAACGCCUUCACCGAGAAAGUUCGAGUUGAUGACUAUUUCUACAACCUUGUUACCGUGUUUAAAGAUAGUAACCUUAACCAUUUGCAAGUUCUCAACUUGGAAGAGAACGAAUUUCGCAGCAUGCUGAACGAAAACUUCUUUUGUUAUAUGCGUACACUAAUGAAAAUAUAUAUGAAGGGAAAUCGCAUGACUGAUUUCCGGCUUAACACAACCUGCCUCCCUCGUUUGGAGAUACUUGACCUGAGUGAAAAUGAAAUACCGUAUUUAACCAAUCAAACGUUACACCGUUUUGAUGCUGUGCCUGGACUGGAAAUAAACUUGGCAGGUAAUCCGUUUCAGUGUGACUGUUACUUGGUAGACAUGUAUCGUUGGCUUACCACUACUAAAACUAGAGUGAUUAAUAAAGAAACUUUUCAGUGCUUUUCUGGGUUUCCGAGAACAAAUGCUUGGAAACUAGUAAAUCACGUCCCUCUUCAUGAUCUAAAAUGCCCUCUGAAAUUAUCAGAUUUUCAAAAUCAUAUAAGCGCCUCCGUUGUGGUAUUGGUGUUGCUAAUAAUAAUCUGUGUUGUGCUGGUGUCUGUACUUACAUACAGACACCGACAAGCUAUCUAUAUAUUUGCUCGAAGCUGGUUUCAACCAUUUAACAGCAAGAUGAAAUAUUCUUCUAUGGAUAAACGCGAUGAAACAGAAAUGGAAGUGUGAACACGUUAUAACUAUUGGCGUGAACUUGAAUGAAGUUGCCAGAACAUAGACAUUUAAACAAACCCUUUAAGUGUGCGAGUAAAUUAUGGCUUAAAAAACGAACACCUCUGUGUUGAGGAUCUACUGGUUGAGAAGCUAAACAAAAUGUAUGCAUAGCAAUUUUCUGAAGCUUAUAACAUCGUAUAUGCUUUAAUAAACAGCGGUAAUAAGCAAGCUUGAACAUUUAAAAAUUGAUAGAUCGUACGAAUCUUUUUAAAAUACGCAGAUACUUUCAUUAGCAAAAAGAAAAAAAUGUUUGUCUGUUUUGUAUGUUGCUGUGGGAGGGUACACAAAAACGCAUGGUAAUAAAUGUGUAUCCAUCUCAACCGGUAUGUACCAAGCAGCUGCUUAAAGUUUAAAACAAUAACUUACUUUUAGGUACGCUGGUAAUGAUUUGAGCCUGAAUUCAGCAUCUCCGAACUUGCUGAGCUCAUAACUGUCAGGGCCACUAAACGUAUUUGUUUUAAAAUAGUAUUUACACUACACAUCUCUGCUUUUGUGUCAAAAUCAAACGACUCUUCUGCCUGUAACCCGUGUGGCCUUAAUACCCUAUUUCAAGAGAUGAAUAAGGUUUCUCGUCUUUGUUUGAGCAGUGUUGUAAAUUAUUUGUGUUAUUCAUUUAAUUGUAUCCCCUUCGUUGAAAAUCAAGCUAAUA